AAUAGCAAACUAGAUUUUUGCUUAAUGAAUCAGGAGAAAUUACAUAGGUAUAUACUUCCGGGUGAAAAAGUUACCAAAAGACCUACAGGAUUCCCUUCACUUCCGGUUCAAUCUGAACAAGAGCUACAUGCUUUGGAAAAAUUUUUAGCUAAUGACACAAAUUUAUCGGCGGCAAGUAUGUAUCUUGGAAGAUUUAUGGACAAAAAUAGUCUGGACAAUUCAGUCCGGAAAUUUUUACGAAAUGUUCUUAGUAACGAUGUGGCAAAUAAAUUCAGCUUUCAAGGAGCCAAGGGAAAACAAAAAUUUGAGGUACUGAAGACAUGGGAACUUGUUCUAGGUGAGCAAAAGUACACCCCCUCGUGGCAAGCCACCUUGACGUGGUGA